AAGUUAGCUAACUUAUAUGAGAGUCGGCUUUAAUGUUACCAAUAAUAUGGAGUAAACGUAGGACUAUCUGCUCCACCAACAGUUUUGGUCAACAGCUACUAACACUUCUUUUCGCCAUGUUAACGUUUCAAGUUCAAAGUCUAUCGUCGACAUUACAGCGACAGUUAACUGCAACGUUGUGCCUGAAUCUAGGCUAAACGCUCAUUCAUUUCGUGUAGGACAUAUUAGCUUUUGUUGACUGAACAACGAGCUAACAUGUAGCUAACAACAUAUGAUAACAACCUUAAUUUCGGGCCGUAUCUUUCCCCGAUAACGUCAGGUGAACUCGACGUGUCAACUGUAUGUCGGUCACGGGUCUAAACCGUGUGAAGGAAAAGUUGCUGAGUCACGUUUAGCGCUUCCCCAGUCUCUCCCUCCCUGGAUCUCUGCUGAUUCAUGUUAAGACUGGAGCUGGAGUGAGAGUUAACUGGUUUAAUAGGUCACUUAUUAAUAUGCCUUGCUGCAGCUGACUGAGCAGCCGCUGGAGGGAGGAGACAGAGGAGGAUCGUAUAAAAGGGGACACAGCCCAAACUGUACGCCACAAUCGGAGAGAAAACAGUGAAUUGGUGUGGACAUAGACCAAACUACAAAACCUACAGAACUACAUCCUAACUGGGCCACAAUGGAGACAGAGAAGACUCAGACACCAGCAGAGCAGAUGACUGACAGAGAUCUGUCAGAACAAAUCAAAAAGGUGACAAAGGAUAGUCACGUCAGGGCAGAAAACACAGAGCUGAUGCUGAGCUUCCAGAGGGGAAAAGUCACCCUGGAACAGUACAAGCUCCUCCUGUGCUCACUGCAUGAGGUUUACCAGGCCUUGGAGGAAGAGCUGGACAGGAACUCCAACCACCCUGGUGUCACACCCAUUUACUUUCCAGCUGAGCUGGCCAGGCUGGAGGCCAUCGAAAAAGACCUGGAAUACUUCUACGGCCGGGACUGGAGAGAGAAGAUUGUUGUCCCCGCGGCCACUAAAAGAUACUGCCACAGACUCAGACAGAUUGGUAAAGAAAACCCUGAAUUUCUGAUCGCCCAUGCUUACACCCGGUACCUCGGUGACCUGUCUGGAGGGCAGGUCCUGGGUCGAAUUGCCCAGAAGUCCAUGGGGCUGAAGAGCAGCGAGGGUCUGUCGUUCUUUGCCUUCCCUGGUGUGUCCAGCCCCAACCUGUUCAAACAGCUGUACCGUAGCCGGAUGAACAGUGUGGAGCUGACGGAGGAGGAGAGGAACGGCGUGCUGGAGGAGGCUGUCAGAGCCUUCGAGUUAAACAUUCAGGUCUUUGAUGAUUUACAGAAGACGCUGAAUGUCACUGAAAACAAGCAGCAGAACUGCGUGACACACUCCGGUAACACAGCAGCAAAGACACUCCAGAUCCCCGGAGCCAUUAUCAAAACCAACCAACUGCUCAGGUUGGUCCUGGGACUUUUUGUGGCUCUGGUCACAGUCAGUAUGGGAAUCUAUUCCUUUUAGACAAGAAAUACUAUGUAUUGGGUAUGUUGCUGUUAAGGUUGUAAGAUAUUGUGUAUACUGUAGUGUCUCAUUUUAUCAUUGUAUAAGUAAGAAGAUUGUGAGAAAUGGACGAUCCAGAGUCAAAUUCCUCGUAUGUGUACACAUACCUGGUUAAUAAAGUUGAUUCUGAUAUUUGCUUCUGUGCUGUAAGACUAUUAAAAAGCUUUAUCUGGUUAUAAUUUUAACGGUCUGUAAAUGACAAAAUACUGUGUAUUAUUUUAGCAAUUUGACUGAGAACCACAUUUGUAAUAUGUAUUCAUGAAUUUCCUGUCUAACACUGUUGUCCAAUGUGCAUAAAAAUGUGCAAUAUGUGUGCUUUUAAUACGGCAAAUAUACUACCUUUUUAAUAAAAUCUUUUCUUGAAUGAAA